AUGACUUCUAACGAAUUAUCAGAAGAAAUAACCAAGAAAGUUCCCAAAUAUGUGAGGUCGGCCGAGGGAAAGUUGGGAGCCAGGCAGCUCAGGGCAUUCGAGAAACGUUCUCAAGAGGCAGCGCGUAAGGCAGCAAGCUAUGAGAUAUUGCUGACGGAGGAGCCUGGAUACUUGGAAGCUGAGGGGUUAGAAAAAACUUUUAAUAUUACACAAAAGAGUUUGAAAGAAAAUGUGGACGAAAUUACUGCCGCAAAGAUAUUUAAUCUCGAUCUAAAAACUUUUGGACCAUAUUCGCUGGAUUAUACCCGUAAUGGACGGAAUAUGCUAAUAGGAGGUCACAAAGGUCACAUAGCAACUCUUGAUUGGCAAGCCAACAAAAUGAAUUGCGAAAUUCACGUCAAAGAGACCGUUCGAGACGUAAAUGGUCUAUUCACAUUUGAUGGGAUACUAUUUAAGGGAAAUGCUGGAUGGUUGAAGUAUCAAGACACCUCCACAGGAAAAUUGGUGGCCGAGUGUAGGACAAAAUUGGGCCGAUGUGAUGUAAUGGUUCAAAAUCUGUGGAAUGCGAUAAUUAAUUUGGGACAUAGUAAUGGUACCGUCACAUUGUGGUCUCCAAAUAUGACAACACCUUUGGUCAAGAUGUUAACACAUCGAGGUCCGGUAAAAGCUCUUGCGGUAGAUCACACGGGAAACUACAUGGCAUCCGCUGGUUUGGAUGGUCGAUUAAAAUUAUGGGAUAUACGAACGUAUAAAUGUAUGCACGAAUACUUUACUCGAACUCCGGCCAGCUCAUUGUCCAUAUCACAGCUAGGUCUUUUAGGUGUUGGAUGGGUAUUAAAACAUUUCAUAUUAAAGGUUUGGAAAGAUGCCUUUAAAGCAAAGCAAAAAUCUCCAUACAUGAAUCAUCUGCAACCGGGAACUCAAAUACAGGAUAUAAAUUUUUGUCCUUAUGAGGAUAUUCUUGGGUUUGGUCAUUCUGACGGUAUUUCGAGUAUUUUAAUUCCGGGUUCUGGUGAACCAAACAUUGACAGUUUGGAGGUGAACCCUUAUCAAACCAAGAGGCAAAGACAAGAAACGGAGGUACAUGGCCUUUUGGAUAAGAUUCAGCCUGAGAUGAUUACGCUUGAUCCUACAUUUAUUGGCAACAUUGAUAAAACUUCAAAGGAGAUGCUGGCAAAAGAACAUGAGGAAGAACACAAAGAUAAAGGAAAAAAGGAGCCGCGCCACAAAACCCGUGGUAAAAACCGUUCUUUGAAGAGAUACCUUCGUAAAAAACAAAAGAAUAUAAUUGACGAUCGAAGGGUAAAGAUACAACAACGAAUUGAAAAGGAAAAAGAAGCGCGCAGGAAGAGAUUGCGUGGCGAAGUUGAGGAUAACAGUCCCCCAACAGCUCUAGAUAG